AUGCUGCUGGUCUGCACUCUGCUGCUUUUUGUGAGCGGCAGUGCUUUCUGCCGAGGCGUAGCUCCUCUCGCCUCCACGGAGGAGGAUGGGCCCUUAAUACUUACGCCGCUAAUCGAAAAGGGUGAAAUAGACAAAGCCAGAUCUCUGUCUACUGUAGACCCAACCUUAUUCACUGGAAUCAAGAGCCAUUCCGGGUUUAUAACUGUCAACAAGACAGCCGCCUCCCACUUGUUCUUCUGGUAUUUCCCCGUUGAAGAGAAGAAAUUAGAAGAAACGCCACUGGUGAUUUGGUUGCAAGGCGGGCCAGGAGCUUCGUCUUUGUUUGGACUUUUUAAAGAAAUCGGUCCGUUACAGUAUGAAAAUGGAAAAGUCAAAAAGAUGCCCAUUACUUGGGCAAGAGAGUACUCUUUGCUCUUCAUCGAUAAUCCAGUCGGCGCCGGCUUCAGCUUUUCCGAACACAACACUUAUGUUACAAACGAGGAUGAGGUCGGUGCUGGUCUUCUGAGCUUCGUGCAACAAUUCCUGUCGGUUUUCUCUGAACUAAGGGACGCACCUCUUUUUAUCGCCGGGGAAUCUUAUGCCGGGAAAUACAUUCCUGCUUUUGGCCAUUAUAUCCACCACAACAACGUCAACAACCGCGAUAAGUCCCAACACAUCAAUUUAAAAGGUUUAGCCAUCGGAGACGGCUGGACUGAUCCGCCAACGCUGUUGCAAUACUCAGAAUUCGGCUUACAAAUUGGCUACUUAGACCCAAACCAAGCGGCACAAGUAAAAGCCUUUGAAGAUUCUGCUAAAAAAGCUUACAAAGAUGGUGAUUUGGAAACUUACAAAAAAGAAGCCAGUGCUGCUUUGGAUCAUUUUUUUAAAAUCGCUACGAUACUCAAUCCUUAUAAUUAUAUAGAUGACGAAGUACCAGGAAUUGAAUAUAACAAGUUUCUAAACAGGGAAGAAGUAAAAAAAGCACUUCAUGUGGGACGUACCAAUUUCACAAAUAUUAACUUUGACGUUUAUUUUGCAAUGUCAGAUGACUUUUAUUUAUCUGUGAAGCCGUGGCUAGAGGAACUACUUGAAAAUAAGUACCCCGUCCUGGGUUACAGUGGCCAAUUGGAUGUCAUCGUAGCUUAUCCUCUAUCUGUGAAUACUUACCAAAGCCUGAAGUGGUCGGGGGCUGACGGGUACAAGAAAGCUCGCAGAGGACUUUAUGAUGAUACAAGUAGAACACCAUCAGUAUACCUGAAGAAAUACGCCAACUUCAUGGAUGUGAUGGUCCGAGGUGCCGGCCACAUGGUCCCCUAUGACCAACCACAGGCUGCUAUAGAUGUGCUGACAUAUUUUAUAGACUUCGCUCUUUCUGGAGAAACAACAGGCGACAUCCUUAAAGAAUAUCAAUCUAUACGACGACCUACGAGUAUAUCCUUAUUCAACGUUCAAAAAACAUUAGACGUUGAUGACUGGUCUAACACUAACAUUUAA